CAGACUCUCCGAAUCACAAGCAGAGAACGGAGCACCUUGUACAUUCUUGUGAGACGACUAAAGUUAAAAAACGAUCUUCUAGAGAACCACCGUUUGACAAAGUGGACCAUCCUGCACUUGUUGUGAUCAUUUGUUUCUGUCUGGGUUCCUUCGAACUGUGUGUAGCGGUGAUCCAAAAGCGCUGACGGAACCGUACGAUUAUCACAGAUGGACUGGCUCACACCUGAGCUGUGAAGUGUGUUAUGUGAGUCAAGGUGUUUUCCCACCUCGCCGGUGGUGGGGAGAGAUGCUGCACUCCGUUGCCAUGACAGCAGAGAUUCUCUUUGUUCUCUGGUUCCUGAUGAAUGGGGCUGAAAGUAAUCCUCUAACGACUCUACCGGUUAGCCGUGAACGUCUGGAAAAGGUCUUGACCCAAGCCAGAGAGGACAAAGUGGUCCCCAAGCAACUGCAGCCCGAGGACAACAAUACUUUGGGUCUAAACAGAACCGGCACGAGCCGUGCCAGAUCUAACCUUAGAUCGAAGGGUGGGAAGUCCCAAGAGCUGUGGACUGAUCAAGAUAAGUUCAAACAAAUUGACGUGGGUCCCACAAGUGACGUCACCCUGUCCUUGGAAGCCAUCGACGAGUACGCCUACCCGGACUACAGGGGUAAAGGCUGCAUGGAUGAGAGCGGUUUUGUAUUCGCGAUCGGUGAGCAAUUCACCCCAGGCCCGUCCACGUGCCCUUGCCUUUGUACAGAUGAAGGUCCUCUAUGCAGCAAGCCCGAUUGUCCCAGGGUGCAUCCUCGCUGCAUUAAAGUGGACACAAGGCAAUGCUGCCCGCAAUGCAAGGAGAAAAAGAACUACUGCGAAUUUCGGGGAAAGAUCUACGCUUCGCUAGAGGAGUUUAAGGUGUCACCGUGCGAGAAAUGCCGAUGUGAACCGAGCGGAGAGGUGCUGUGUUCUGUGUCGGCCUGCCCUCUGACGGAAUGUGUGGACCCGGAAUACGAGCCGGACCGGUGCUGUCCCAUCUGCAAGAGCGGCCCCAACUGCUUCGCAGACACAACAGUGAUACCGGCCGGACGAGAGGUAAAGAUCGACGAGUGUACAAUCUGCUACUGCACGUACGAAGAGGGCACCUGGCAGAUUGAACGCCAGGCCACCUGCAGCAAGAACGAAUGCCAGCGCGGUUAGAGACUAGCGCGGUGAGAGGAACGUUGGCGAGCAACACCAACGUCCGUCCAUAUGAACACUUGGCCUUUCACCCAGACUUUCGGACAUCAGGGUCAGUCGUCUCAACAUUUGGAGUCUGCGCUAAGCAAAGGUUUUGAUGAAGAUUCGUAAUCUGCACAUAGAAUAUUUAUUUAUCUAUGUGUUAAAUUAUUUAUGAAUAUAUAUAUAUAUAUAUAUACACACACAAAUACUGUCUCGAUGUCAUUAUGCUGUACUAGGUACAAAGAUUUUUUAUAGUCUCUGUAUUUUAAUAAUCGGCUGCAAAGAAACACAAGUGAAUGUAUAGAACACACAUGGCUGUCUUUGGAGGCUGAAACCUUGACAUUUUCAAAAUUCUGACAAGCCCUGACAUGGCUGGCCCUCAGAUGAGCAUCUGACGGGCGCUGCUGUUCAAAAUGAUCAAACGCUGAGCCAAAAGUGAAUUUAAAGCUGACCGUUUCGGACUUGUACUACUGUAUGUUCUUUAGUCUCUUUGGAUGUUUCAAGUGUGCUUUGAUUUUUGAAAAGUGCUUUUUUUUGUAUCUUGGUGCUCUACUGUAUGUUGCUGUUUCAAAUAAACAGCAGUCUGUGGCUCUGCGGGAGCUGGCAUGAGGCAUCAGCCAAGUGCUUCUUUACUCACUAAUAAAGUGUUUGGGUUUAGUGUCGUCGUGACACGGACCUUAGAUAGGAGUCAAAUUGGAAUCCUAAGAGGCCCUCGGAGGCAGCCACUUUUUUUUAACUCGCGACCAUACUGACAAAUUUCUCAACCUAACACUUGGCAUGGGGAGAACAUGCAAACACCACACACACAAAGUCCGGAGCCGGAA